AUGGCUAAUUUUAUUGAAGAGGAGAUAAAAAAUAUAAUAAAUGAUAUAUAUUUAUUUACUAUUUUAAUUAAUAGUAGUAGAAUAGUGAAAAGAGAAGUUUCUUUUUUUCUAGGUAUUAGUGUAAAUGAUUUGUUUCAACCUUUUGGGAGUUGUGAUUAUUUUUUAAACGAACAUAAGGAAAAAAUAGAUUUAAAGCUAAAUGUUAGCACAAAUAUUAAUUACUUAAGUAAAAAUAAUGUGUUAUCUGAAAAAGUAAUUGAAAAUAAGAAUUUUAAAAUUCGUUUUAUUGAUUUUGAUGAGUAUGAAGAUAUGAAAUUAGAAUAUCUAGAUAAAAUAUUAAUUGAUAAUAUUUCUUAUAACGAACCUCAAUAUUCUGAUAUAUAUAAUGAAGAAAAUUUGAAUGCAUAUUUUAAAAAAAACGAUAAAGAUAAUAUUUCUUUUAAUAAAAAAUAUUUUGAAUAUAUAUGUACAAAUUCAAACAUUCUUAAUAAUGAUAUAAAAAAACAUAUUAUAAAAAAUUGUAAGGGUAAUAUUAAUUCCCAUAAUGAGAAAAACGUUUUGAAAAAAAGUAAUUCACUUUUUAGUAAAAAAGAAGAAUACGAUGAUAGUAAUGCUGAUGAUAACUAUGAUUUAAAUUAUUUUUGUAAAAAAAAAUAUAUAAAAAAUAUUCAAAAAUAUAAUGCAUUCUUUUUACCUUGGUUUAAUACAUAUUUUAAAACAUCUUGGUACUAUACUCAUUUAUACAAUAAUUCUUCUUCUAUUCCAUUAGGUAUAAUUUACAUAUGUAGCACUAAAGAUAAUAAUAUCAUUGAUUUAUAUAAAUGUAUGACUAAAAAUAAUGUUAAAAAAAAUAAUAUUUAUAUUAAUUCUAAUAUACCUAAAUGUAUUAUUUUACUUCAUAUUUCAAAUAAUAAUAAUGAUGAUAUAGAAACAGAUGUGCAAAAAUUAUUUGUAAAUAUUCAGUCUACUUUUUUAAAUUAUAAAUGCCAUUUAUUAAUUAUUAAAGCAAAUAGAUUUUUAAAAUCAUAUGAAAAUUUUGACAGAAAUAUAAGUAAUACAAUGGAAAAUAUUUCUAAUUUAAAAAUAAAAUCAGAUGAAAAAAUAAAUAUGAACUAUGAAAAUUCCUAUUUAUCAUAUACUAAUAAGAGUUAUUCCGAAAUAAAUAAUAAUAACAAUAAAUAUAGUUUUAUGAACAAUAAAUUAAAUUCAGAAAAUAAUAUAAUGAUUAGCGACAAAUCACAUGAAGAAGAAAAAAAUUCAAAUUCUAAUUUUCAGUUAGAUUAUACAAAAAUAAAUAGUGACAGUAUACAAGACUCAAAAGAUAGUAUAUUAAAUGAUGAAACAUCAUCAUAUUUUGAAAAUAAUUUUACGAAUAAAAGAAAGAAUUUGACUUCUUUAAAAAAAAAAUACCACCUAAAUAAUAUUCAAAAAUUAUAUGUUAAUUGUUUAAGUAUUCAUUUUAAAGAUUUGAUUGAUGAUGGAAUAAAAGUAGCAAAAAAUGAAAAUGAUAUAGAAGAAAGUCAGAAAAUAAAAAAAAAAUUAUCGGUAGAUUUGAAUAAAAUUUACGAUUAUAUAAUGUCUAAUGACAUUAUUUGUAUUAGUAAAAAAAUACCUCUAUAUAUUGAUGAAGUAUAUUUUUGUUGUUGUUUAGAUUAUGUUGAUAUUAUAUCCUUAAAAAUGUUUAUUCAUAAUUUUAUUAAAACAUGUGUUUCUCCUUAUAUAAAUACAAUUACAUAUGAUAUAAAUAAUUUAAUUGUUAAUAAUAAAAAAAGUUUAAAGAAUCAAUUAAAAUUCAUGUGGAAAAAAACAAAAAUGAAUUUUAGUUCAUCAGAUGCUGCAUUAUUUGUUGCUGAACAAACAAGUAAUGUUAUUUUAAAUGUUGCCCAAAAUGUGUUAAUUUCUAAUCAUGAUAACAAAAGUGGAAAUAAAAACUUAAAAGAUAUAAUUAAUAAAAAUAUAGUUAAUGAAGAAAAUGAAAUUAUUAAUAAUGAAAAUGAAGAAUUACAUAUUGCACAUAGUGGAUACGAAAACUCUGAAAAUAUUGCAAAUAAAAAAGAUUCAAUAAAAACUUCUAGGAAAUCGUUAAAUAAUAAUAUUACGCAAAAUAUAAAGAUCAACAAAGAAUCAAAGAAUUAUAAUAAAGAGUCACUAGAAUGGCUAUAUAAAACAUUGAGUGAUAUUUAUUUUAUAUUACAAGAAUAUGAAUUAUCUUAUAAUAUUUUAAAAAUAUGUAUAAAUGAAUUUAAACAUGAUAAAAUGUAUUUUUAUUUAGGUAAUGUUUAUGAAUUAAUCAGUUUGUGUAUUUAUUAUAUGGAAAAUGUAAAUAAAAAAGACUCUUUGUAUUAUUUAGACCUAAGUUAUCAAAUGUAUUCUAAAUGCUACUAUUUAAAUAAUAUGUUUAUUUGCUCAAUUUUAAAUUACUAUUUGUCUCUUAUAUAUGAUGAACACAAUGAUUCUUCUAUAAAUAUUCUUAUAAAUGCUAAUGUAGAUUUUUCUUAUGUAGAAGAAAAAUUAGCUAACGAAAAUAAAUUAACAAAAUUAUCUUUUCAAAUUAAUAACAUAAGAUCAGGACUAUUAUUAGAACAAAUAACAUAUAGCUAUAAAAAAAAAAAAGCAAAUAAUCUUGACAUAAAAGAAUUAAAUUAUAUAAAAAAUUUUAAUAGUUAUAAUAAAUUAAUUACUAAUAUUGUAAAUAAAAAUUUAAACUAUUUUACUGAUAAUAUCAAAAAGAAGGAAGAAAAAUACACCAAUAAUGAAGCAAUAGAAAAAGCAAAGAAAACAAAUAAUGAAGAUAGAAACAUUAUUAUUGCGAGUGAUGAUAGUUGUCAAAGAGAUAAUUUUUCAGAGAAUAGCUCACUUAUUAAUAAAAAUAUUAAUAAUAAUAUCAUCAUAAAUAAUGAUAAUACUACUAUUAUAAAUAAUAACAUGAAUAGUACUAAUGUUAUAAUCGAUAGCAAAAUUUAUGAAAACAGUAAUAAUAAUAAUAAUGUUGUAUUUUUAAAUAAUGCACAAAAUGGUAAUAAUAAUAGAACGGUUUCUGAUGAAAAUAACAAUAGCUUGGAAAGUAUAAACAGUAAAAUAACAAAUAAUAAUACUAAUUUUCUUAUGCAAAAAAAUAAUUAUAAAUAUAGAAAAUAUUUAUUUGAAAUGACUCUAGCAGGGCAUACCUUUAAUAAAUGCGGAUUCAAAAAAUUAGCUUUAUUUUGUUAUUCAAAAGUAUUAAAAAAAUAUGAAAAAAAAAAAAUGAAACAUAUUUAUGAGCAUUUGCACUUUAUGAUGGCUCGCCAAGCUUUUAGCAUAAAUCUUUAUUAUGAAUCUCUAAAUCAUUAUAUAUGUAUUUUAAAUUCUAUAUCAAAAAAUUACGAAAAGUCAUAUGUUUUAAACAAAAACGUUGACAUUUAUUAUGCAUCAUCUGAAAAAGAAAUAAAUUUUAUAAGGGAAUUUGCAUAUGUCUAUAAGAUUUAUGUAGAUAAAAUUUUAAAUAGGUUUCUAAAAUAUAAAAAUAAUCAGGAUACUAAUGCUAUUAAUGAUUCUGAGCUAUCAUUAAAACGAAGCUCUAGUUAUACUAGUGAAAAAAUUAAUAGAACACAUUACUUCAACGAUGAUAAUACUGAAGAUAUUAUUAAACCUCUAAAUUUGAGGAUUCCUUUAAUUAAUUUAAGAAAUAAUGAGUGCUUAUAUACUAAUUCUAUUUUUAUUUCCAAAUCAAAUAUAUACAAUUAUGAUAAAAUAAAUGACAUAAAUUAUUUUUAUAUAUUUCAAAAUAAUUUAUUUAAAAUAAAAAAAUAUGAUACUACGUUAGAUGAUUUGUAUAAUAUAAUGACGAAAGAUAUAAAUGAUUUCUCAAUAUCUAAUUUUUAUGAAUUGAAUUAUUUAUAUAUAAUUUAUAAAAAAUUUGUAAAUAGUGUAUAUAAUGAUUGUAUAUCUUAUGAAUCAGCAGAUUUUUUAAAUUUGAAUGAGAAAAUAGUUAACGAUAAUAUGAGUAUUGACAUUUUGAAAAAUGAUGAAAACAAUACGUCUAUAAGUAGUGAAUUUGAUAAAACAAUUACUGAUAAUAAUUCAAAAAAAGGAUAUAUAAAAUCAAUUAACACAUCACCCUUUAUAAGUAUGGAAAAUAGAAAUUUAUUUUUGAAUUACGUGAAAGAACUAAAAGAAAAAUUAGUAAAUACCUUAGAAUAUACUAAUAACACACAAAUUAAAAACAUAUAUCAAAAAACAAUUAAUAAAGAAGAGAUUAAAAUAAAUAAUAAAUAUAUUCAAUAUACGUUAAAGGAUGAAUAUAUAUUUGUAACAUUUAAAUUGAUAAACCCCUUGCAUACAAAAGUAGAGUGCCAAGGCACUCAUAUAUGUGCCCACUAUUACAAUGAAAGUAUGAAUAAAGAUAUUUUGGUUGAAAAAAAAAUUUUUAUUUUAGAAGCUAGACAAUCUAAAACAUUUACGUUAUUUAUUAAACCAUUGAAGAAAGGUUUAUUAUUUAUUUCAGGUGUAAUGUGGUUUUUAUUUGGAUUAGUUAAAAUAUAUCAAAGUUUUUACAUACACGGUUUAAAAAAAAUAAAUAAAAUAUAUGACAAAAUACACACAUUAAAAUAUGAUGAUAUAUAUAAUUGUGAUAAUGAUAUACAAAAAAAAGAAAAGUUAAAAAAGUUAAAUAAAGAAAUGAAUAAAUAUGCUUGGUCUAGUAAUAUAGGUAUGCUUGAAAAGAAAAGUAUAGAAAGAAUAAAGAAUUAUGAAAUUGAUCAGAGAUUGUUAUUAUAUGUUUAUGAUAACAUAUAUUUGUUUUCAUUUGAGUUUGAAAACAUUUAUUCAAAUAAAAAAAAAACAAUAAAUAAUUAUGAAGUAGAUUUAAUAGAAUUAUUAGAGGGAGAAAAAAUGGAAAUGAUUUUUAAAAUUGUCAAUCAUUCAACUUUGCCUGUUAACUAUUUAAGUAUAUGUAUUACACCUUGUAACUUUUUUAAUUGUUACAAGAUAAUACAUAAUAAGGAUGAAUAUUUUUUAAAUAAUAAAAUUGAGAAGGAAUUUAAAAAACAUAAAGAAGAAAUAGAUGAAGAUAAAUGUGAUAUAUACAAUUCUAGAAAGUUAAUUGAAGAAAAUAUUGAAGAAAUUAAGAAAAAUGAAAGUUACAUUUUUAUAGAUAAUGAAAUAUAUUGUGAAGAAUCAAUUGAUAAAAAUACUAAUGUAUUCAAACAAAAGUUUAAAAAUAAAAAUAUUCAACAUAUUAAAAUUAAAGGAAAUAUUAAUAAAAAUGACACAUUUUAUUUAUAUAUUAACGUUAAUUCAAAGCAUAACGGUUUACAUAAAUGUAUUAUAACAACAUUGUGCAAACAUAAUAAUGAAAUGGCUAAUAAAAAAGAUAAAUCAAGUAAUGGUAAUAUAAAGUAUCCUGAUAUUUUAAAUGAAAAAAAGGAGAAAUGUUAUUUAUUUUUAAGACUAAUGCAUGUGAUUCCUUUAUUAAAAUUAAAAACAUACUCAUUAAAUAAUUUCUAUAAUGAAAAUUCUUCUAUGUAUUUUUUUUUUCAAAAUUUAUGUAAAAAUAAUAUUUACUUAUAUAAUAUAAUUUUGGAGUACAGAAAAAAUAAAAAUUUGAAUAAAAAAGAAAAAAAUUUGAAAGAAAGCUUAAAAAAUAAGAAACAAAAUAAUGAAAUAUAUAGUAAAUCAUAUUAUACAAAAUUAUAUAAUUUUUAUUCAUCCAAUUUUUUAUAUUUAAAAAAAAAUGAAAACUUAACUUCUUUAUUUUAUUCAAAAAAUAAAUUACAGAAUAUUUCUUCUUUUUUUGUUCAUAUUAAUUGGGUAUCAAAAGAUUCCAAUUAUUUAAGAAAAGGCAUUGUAAAAAAAAAAAUUAAUUUUUAUAAUGAUAUAAUAAGUUUUUCCAUUGAUGAUAUAAAUAAAGACAUUUAUAUGAAUAAUGAAAAAGAAAAAAUUCUAAAAAUUGGUAUAAAUAUACAAAACAAUUCAGAAAUAGACAUACAAGAUUGCUAUAUACAAGCUAAAGAAGUUGAAUCAUUAAAUUCUUCGACAUACAUAGAGAAUUAUGAUGAUGAUAAUGAAUUAUCUGUUAUUGAAUAUAAAUAUGAAAGUGAUGAUACUAUUUUUAAUAGCAAUGAAGAAUUUUACAAAAAUAAAGAAUUUAAUGAUGUUUCAUUAAAUGAAGAAAAUAUUAAUUUAUUAAAUAUUGAUGAUAUAAAUUCGAUAAAUAAUGAAAACCCAAAUUUUAUGAGUAGUGAUAAUCCAUAUUCCUUGAAUAAUGAUAGUAAUUUCAGUCAUAUUAGUAACCAGCAAAAAGCUAUUGAAUAUAAUAUAAGUGAUAACAGUAAAAAAAUAGAAGACGAAAUAGUUCCUAUUUUCUCUUAUAAAUCAUCACUUAAUGAUGACAUAAAUAAUUUACAAAAUCAAAUAACAAAAAAAAUUAAUUUACCUGAUUACAUUCCCAUAACAGCAAGCUAUAUAUGUAAUGAAAAUUUUGAAAUUACGUUAACUAAAGAUUUAUUUUUAUAUGAUAAUUCAGAUGUUAAUGAAGAACUAAAGAAAAAUAACGAAUUAAAAGAAAAUUAUGAAAAUGUAAAUUUUCUCGAAGAAUUAUGUUUAAAUAGAAAAGAUACUAAGAAAUUUUAUGAUACUGUCAAGCGUAGUACAUAUACUUAUAAUAAUUCCAAUUUAUUAGUUCCAUUAAAUGGUAUAAAUUCAGAAAACAUGAAUAAAAAUAAUGUUGAAAAAUGCGUUUCAUUAAAUGGUUUUUUAUUCGUAGGAAUAGUUCAAAAAUAUUUAAAAAAAUUAAAAAAAAAUCAAAAGAAAAAGUUAUAUUUUAAUAUUCUUUUUACAAAAGAAGGAAUUUAUAAUAUAAAUAAAUUUCUUGUUACUUUUAAAUUAAACAAUCAAAUGUUUUUAUUCAAACCUAUAAAUCAUUUAAUUAUACACGCACAUCAAUAA